AUGGUCUCGUCGGAAAGCUCCACAGACGUCACCUCCGUGUAUUCCGGGCGGACGGGGAACAAGGAACCCGAACCCGGAUAUCCAACAAAUAAUGUCCCGUCUGAACAAGCCGAGAAGCAAACCGCCUUGGCAAACGUGGGGGAGGAUGGCGUCGCCGCGACCAAGGAAGCCGCCGAUGCUGGCUCGACGUCGGAAGCCAAGCCUGUGGAAGCGCAGGAAGAUGAAUCCGAGUAUCCCGCGAGAUGGAGAUUGGGUCUAAUUACUAUCGCUCUCUGCCUGUCCGUGUUUUGCAUGGCAUUGGACAACACCAUUAUUGCCACCGCGAUCCCUCGAAUCACCGAUCAGUUCCACGCCAUCGAAGACGUCGGCUGGUAUGGCUCGGCCUACCUUCUCACGACGUGCGCCGUCCAGCUCAUCUUUGGUAAACUAUACACCUUUUACUCGGUCAAAUGGGUCUAUCUCUUUGCCAUCUUCCUCUUCGAACUCGGCUCCCUCGUCUGCGGCGCCACGCCCAACUCCGUGGGCCUCAUUCUCGGCCGAGCCAUUGCCGGGCUGGGCGCCGCCGGUGUCUUCUCCGGCGCCUUGCUGAUCAUCAACCGAUCUGUACCCUUGCGCCAGCGUCCCAUGUACAUGGGCAUCAUUGGCUCCAUGUACGGCAUUGCCUCUGUUGCUGGGCCUCUUAUGGGCGGCGCCUUUACCGACCACGUCACAUGGCGAUGGUGCUUUUAUAUCAACUUGCCCUUUGGAGGCGUCACCGUGGCCUUCAUCAUCGCCUUCUUGCGCCUUCCCAAGCCCAGGGUGGCCAAGACGAAGCUGAGCUUCAAGGAGCAGCUGAUGUCCUUUGACCUGCUCGGGACCGUCUUGUUCAUUCCCGGCAUCGUGUCUCUGCUCCUUGCUCUGCAGUGGGGUGGUACCAAGUAUCCCUGGAAGGACGGCCGCAUCAUCGCCUUGUUUGUUGUCUUUGGCGUUCUCAUCGCGGGCUUCCUGGCGGUUCAAGUCUGGUUAAAGGAAAAGGCUACUGUGCCCCCCCGCGUCUUCUUGAACCGCACCGUCUGGUCCUGCGCUGUAUUUGGUGCUUGCCUGGGUGCUGCCUUUUUCGUCAUGGUCUACUACUUGCCCAUCUGGUUCCAAGCUGUCCAGGGCACCACCGCCAUCGACUCCGGCAUCAAGAAUCUGCCCAUGAUUCUGUCUCUGGUCAUCUUCUCCCUGGUUUCCGGCGGCCUCGUCACCACCCUCGGCUACUACGCCCCGUUUAUGAUUGCCUCGACCAUUCUCAUGUCUGUCGGUGCCGGUAUGCUCUCUACCUUUGACGUCAACACCGGCCCUGCCCACUGGAUCGGCUACCAGAUCCUCUUUGGUAUCGGCGUCGGUCUCGGCAUGCAGCAGACCAUGGUUGCUAUCCAGGCCUCCCUCGACGGCGCCGACGUGGCCAUUGGAACCGCCAUCAUCAUCUUCUCGCAGACUCUCGGCGGCGCCCUGUUCAUCUGUGUUGCUCAAAACGUUUUCCAGAAUAAACUUGUUUCCAACGUGGCCGAUGCACACAUCCAGGGCCUUGAUCCAGCAAGCGUCGUUUCCGUUGGUGCCACCCAGAUUCAGAAUAUGAUUCCCAAAGAAUUUUUGCCCGUUGUUCUCGAGGCCUACAACGGCGCCGUCACCAACACCUUUUACGUCUCCGCCGCCAUGGCUGCUUUGUCCAUUAUUGGAUCCGCCUCUGUGCCGUGGAACUCUGUCAAGGGCAAGAAAAUUGAGAUGGCUGCUGCCUGA